AAGUUUCGAAAGGGCCCGGUAAGAUUUGCGGAAUAGUAACCCUAAUUCAGUCGGUUACUCCUCGGCGAAUUGCCAAGGGCAAGGGGGGUGGAUCGUAGCUUGAGAAAUCCAUCCUUCAGCAUUCAGAAAGUAGGGUUCUUUGCCUUUGCUCUUUCAUUUGAUAUUACUUCGCAACUGCAGAUCUUGCUCCGUCUUUUCCGAUUCUUCAUUUUUAUGUAUUGUAAUGGAAAGGAGAGAAUAUAAUAGAAAAGCGGCCGAGUCCCAUCACAAGGAUGACGAAGAAGAUUGUGGAGACGCACCAAAGUUAUCAAACUUCGUUUUUGAACCGGACAGUGGCGAUGAUCAAGAGAUCAACGAAGAUUCGAGUCUUAAGAAUGUAGAAAAAACGAUGUCACGUCCGUUAGCCACUAGUAGCGGUGCUGCUUCUGCCGCAUUGAACGGAGGAGACGGGUUGUUGCCAAAAACCCAAGAUUCAGAUGACAUGAAUGACAAGAAGAAGCUUAAGGCUGUUAACAAGAUUAAGAAGAAAAAGAAGACCGAAACACCGGAGGAAAUUGUGCACGUCACAAGGAAAGAAGGAAAUGACACAGUAAAUGAUGUUGAGAUUACUAAAUUGGUGGAGACAAGCCAUGUUGAGACGUCUGAUAAUGUCAUUCUAAAGAAGCUUCUUCGCGGACCAAGAUAUUUUGAUCUUCAAGGUGGUGGAUGGGUUAUGUGCUACAAUUGUGGAGAAGAGGGGCAUAAAACUGCUAACUGUACCUCAGAAAGGCGGGCAAAGCCAUGCUUUGUUUGUGGAAGUUUGAAGCAUAAGGCAAAUCAAUGCUUAAAGGGUCGGGACUGCUUUAUCUGCAAGAAAGGGGGUCACCUUUCAAAAGAAUGUCCAGAAAAAUACAAGGGGAAGUUUCACGAGUCUUCGAUGUGCUUAAAAUGUGGAGGUUCUGGUCAUGAUAUGUUCUCAUGCAAAAAUAGCUAUUUUGCUGAUGAUUUGAAGGAAAUACCUUGUUAUUUUUGCAAGAGUUCAGGUCAUAUUUGCUGUGCUAAUAUCGUCGAUCCUGGUCCAAAUGUGGUAUCUUGUUAUAGGUGUGGGGAGAUAGGCCACGAUGGCUUGGACUGUGGAAGAUCUCUUGGUGAAUCUAAUGCUGUUGUGUCUUGCUACAAGUGUGGCAAAGGACAUUUUGCUCGUGAUUGUCGAAGUUCUUCAACAAAGGAACGUGGAAAAUCGCGUGGUGAAUCUACCAUUGCUGGGUCUUGUUACAAGUGUGGCGAAGAAGGACAUUUUGCACGUGAAUGUCGAAGUUCUUCAACAAAGAAGACACGGAAGAGAAACCAUGAAUCAGCAACUCCUACUAAAAAAAUCCGUAAAGUAAAUAAAGACCCGAAAGGAAAUAAAUCUAUGCCUCCUAAUUUUGGUAAGCCUCGAAGGAAGAAGUCCCAACUGGAUGAAGGGUUUUCUAUUCCACCAGUCUCGAAAAAGAAAGGUGGUUGGAUUCCUGAAGAUUAUGAAGACUUUCCUAGGAGAAAUAAACAGAGAUCACCUGCGACACCAACUAUGUUUAGAAAUAACUAUUAUGGUUCUGUUCCACAUUCUUACUCCCCUGUUUAUACACCUCGUUUUGGAAGUACAGCUUCAAACAGAUCAGCUAGAUUUGAUCAACAGCAAUAUUCAGCUUCAAGAUUUGGUAAUUCCAGUAGUAACAACUGGGAAAGAAGAGAUUAUGGUUGGUAACAGAAAGCUUUCGUCGUGGGGUUGGAAGAAAAAAGUGAAGAGGGAACUUCAUGUUCAAGAUUAUUCACUAGCAGCAGUGCAAAUUGGGUGCAACAAGAAAUUAUGCGAUGAACCAACAUAUGUGCUGAACCUUUUACUAAACUCUUAGAGACCAUGCUUAAAAAAAACAACAUUUGGUUUUUUAUAUUUGUUUUAACUUUAUUCAUUAUGUUCAAACAGCUUGAAGAGACUUAGCUUUGUCUUGAAGUGACACAUUUUUUUAAAAAUAAAUCUUGCUAAAUUGUUUUAUAUGACCUCUAUUGUUGUAAUGAACCUAGUUUUCAAGUACAUCUAAUUUCUUCAAUGGAAUAUUUUUUUUCCUUAAA